AUGCCCACUUCUGGAACUACUAUUGAGUUGAUUGACGACCAAUUCCCAAAGGAUGAGUCCACCACUGGCGGUAUCGUCGAUGAAGUCGACUUGACCGAGGCCAACAUUCUGGCCACUGGUUUGAACAAAAAGGCCCCAAGAAUUGUCAACGGGUUUGGUUCGCUGAUGGGUUCCAAGGAGAUGGUCUCCGUGGAAUUCGACAAGAACGGGAAGGAAAAGUCUAACUUGGACCGCCUGUUGGAGAAGGACAUUCAAGAGAAGGAACAAGCUAAAACCAGAAUUCACAUUUCUGAACAAGCGUGGACUUUGAACAACUGGCACCAACAUUUGAACUGGUUGAACAUGGUCCUCGUUUGUGGUAUGCCAAUCCUUGGUUGGUACUUUGCUCUUUCCGGUAAAGUCCCUCUGCAUUUAAACGUUUUCGUUUUCUCCUUUUUUUACUACGCCGUCGGUGGUGUUUCCAUCACUGCAGGUUACCAUAGAUUAUGGUCUCAUAGAUCUUAUUCCGCCCACUGGCCUUUAAGAUUAUUCUACGCCGUCUUCGGUUGUGCUUCCGUCGAAGGUUCCGCUAAAUGGUGGGGCCACUCCCACAGAAUUCACCAUCGUUACACUGAUACCUUGAGAGAUCCUUAUGAUGCUCGUAGAGGUCUAUGGUACUCCCACAUGGGUUGGAUGCUUUUGAAACCAAAUCCAAAGUACAAGGCUAGAGCUGAUAUCACCGAUAUGACUGAUGACUGGACCAUUAGAUUCCAACACAGACACUACAUUCUGUUGAUGCUUCUAACCGCUUUCGUCAUUCCAACUCUUGUCUGUGGUUACUUCUUCAACGACUACAUGGGUGGUUUGAUCUACGCCGGUUUUAUUCGUGUCUUUGUCAUUCAACAAGCCACCUUUUGCAUCAACUCCAUGGCUCAUUACAUCGGUACCCAACCAUUCGACGACAGAAGAACCCCUCGUGACAACUGGAUUACCGCCAUUGUCACCUUCGGUGAAGGUUACCAUAACUUCCAUCACGAAUUCCCAACUGAUUACAGAAACGCUAUCAAGUGGUACCAAUACGAUCCAACUAAAGUCAUCAUCUACUUGACAUCCUUGGUUGGUCUAGCAUACGAUUUGAAAAAAUUCUCCCAAAACGCUAUUGAAGAAGCUUUGAUUCAACAAGAACAAAAGAAGAUCAACCAAAAGAAGGCCAAGAUAAACUGGGGUCCAGUGUUGACUGAUUUGCCAUUGUGGGACAAACAAACCUUCUUGGCUAAAUCUAAGGAAAACAAGGGUUUGGUUAUCAUCUCUGGUAUCGUUCACGACGUAUCUGGCUAUAUAUCUGAGCAUCCAGGUGGUGAAACUUUAAUUAAGACUGCAUUAGGUAAGGACGCUACUAAAGCUUUCAGUGGUGGUGUUUACCGUCACUCAAAUGCCGCUCAAAACGUCUUGGCUGACAUGAGGGUGGCUAUCAUCAAGGAAAGUAAGAACUCUGCUGUUAGAAUGGCUAGUAAAAGAGGUGAAGUUUACGAAACUGGUAAGUUUUUCUAA